AUGCCAGUUUCCGAACAGAACAUGCGCGAGGCAUUCAUCGUUUUUGAUCGAGACGGCGACGGCGAGCUCACACAUCAAGAAGCUGCGCUGGCCAUGCGAUCAUGUGGCGUUCCUGUGGUCGACCAGGAAUUAGACCUACCAGGAAAAGUGAACUACGCCGUUUUCAAGGAUUAUCUGAUGAAACGCAUUGCAGUGUCAGAUCCACUGGCAGAACUCAUCAAACAUUUUGAGCGCGUCGAUCGCAAAAAGGACGGCACUAUCCGCACUGAAGAGCUCGGGCAGGUCAUGAAAGCUCUGUGCAGCUCUAUGACGGAGGAUGAGAUCGAAAAUCUCAUGAGACGGGCAGAUCCGAACAAAUCAGGGAGUAUCAAAUAUGCGGAGUUUGUUCAUCAGUGCUUUUAA